AUGACAAGAAUCAAGCGGGUCCACUUGCCGGCGGCCUUCCUGUCUCUAACGCCCGAGGACAGGGGGGUGAUGGAACGGGCGGCAUCGAUCAUGAACAUCCCACUGACCCAAGUCACCCAACUUAUACCGGGUCCUUCUACGGUUGACCAGGGGACAUCGCAACGCACGGGCAGUCUUGGAACUGCACAAGGUGUGGUGGGUGAUAGUCAUGACGUCGAGAACGGUACUUUCUUACCUAAAACCCAAAUCACAUUUGGCCAAGGAAGCUCAUGUUCAGACAGCGGGUCGGAUGGGGAUGUUUCAGUGUGGCAGUCUUAUGCCGCCGAAUUCGAUAAUAUCGAUGAUGGCAUCACCAAAGAGUACGAAUACGUGGACCCGUGGGGGGAUGAAUUCCCGAUCCUCGCUCCAGCUACCGCUGCUGCGCAAGGGCCGAUAAGAGAACCCAACACCAGGCCGUCGGCCUCGGCCGUAUAUGGUCGAUCAAUUCAGCCUGCAUGGGGGCUUGCUCAAGCGGACACGCCAUACGUUCCCUCCCUCGUGAGCCACCUGACAACUCCGGCCAACACAACACUGGCUACGCCUACAUUCUCAAGCGAUGCAGACCCAGUUAGCCAACAACAAUCCUGGGAGGUUAUCGAGAAACCUCAGUCAUCUCAGCUUUCACGACCUCCACCACCCUUUGAAUGGCCUACAGCCGGUGGGUAUCUCGGGCCCAUGCCACCAAGUCGCAACCCUGGCGAUGGAGAUGUUUCCCGCGACAGCCUCCGUUUCGUGUCGGAGCACCCACUGCAGCCACAGCCAUUGGCACGUGCCCAACGGCGUGGGCCAUUCCAGGACCGCAAGCGACAGGAAGAUGCCAGCCGGACGAGGGGACUAAAGGCAUGCGUUCGAUGCCGCAUGCAGAGAAUUCGGAAAGUCCAUUAUCUGCCCUGCCUUCGGUACCGGCUCACCGAGUGCACGCUUUACAGGACUGGGAAAGCCCCGGGCCUCGAAUUCACCUUCCGCUGGCCUGUGAUGAAGCUCAAAGAUAUAACGGAAUGGGACUCACCAAAUUUGAGGACAGUCUUGGUCAAGUCGGAUGUUUGCGAAGUCCCGCUCAAGCUUGUUGUCCGUAGGUUCGUCCCGAUCCCCCACAAGGACUCAAUCCAUCGAUCCUGGGUAGACCAUCGGAACGGUGUCAAGAAGUUCAAGAAGACUACGCCGUACGCCGUCGUCAAUAUGAAGAACGCAGUACAUGACAUGAGGGACUGCGCAAGAAUAACGGCAGAGAACUACCACAAUGCACGCAAACACGGCCUCCUGCGGAGAUACGCGAUUCCCAACUUCAUUGCCGAGCAGCACCACAGCGCAAACGUGUUUCUUUCACACUACCACUACCGAACCGAGUCGACCAACCCGUUUAAACAAGAUUGGAAAAAGCGGCACCUGACGCCAUUCUCCUACAUGUCCGUCGAUGACAUUCAGUUCUUGGAGCGAACCAAAGUGCUGUUUGAAGAGCGAGGCGAGGUAAUCAAGACGAAUAGGGACAAUGAUCUCUAUGAGCACGAGCUGUACUUCCUCUCUCAGAUGUUCGAGGAGAACUGGCAACCGAGGGACACCAUGGUUGAGCACACGGAAGGCACCGUCAAUAAUGUAGGACUGAAGAUGUAUGUGGGAGACGUCGAGGGUGGAAAGCGAUGA